UUUACUGUCUUUUUAGAAGGCGGUGCUCCAGUCAAUCGCAUCACACUCACAUUCAGACUCUCUCGGUCCGGCAAUUUCGCCUCUUUUCACCCCAAAUAACGCCUCUUAGGCUCACAUUUCAUCUAAUAACUUAGCAGGGUACUUUUAACAACUUCCAUAAUGAACAAGAUUUUUGUUGGGAAUGUCAGUAACGAAGUUACAGAAGAUAAUCUGCGCCGAAUCUUCGAAGAAAAUGGCGUUCCUCCAACGAGCGUACUGAUCAAGACACCAGUACAAGGGAAAUCGGAUAAAACAUUUGCCUUUGUAGACGUAGAUAGCCAAGAAUUGGCCGAUAAAGCCAUUGAAAAGUUAGAUGGAUAUAAUCUCCUUGGAUCAGUAAUUGCUGUCGAGCACUCUGUACCUAAAAGAGGACGCAACCAAGGUGGUAAUGCAGGACAAAAUGCUCAAAAUGGUGUCCCACGUAAACCUACAAUGGAGGUCAGACUUCACAAUAUUCCCCUUCAAGUAUCUGUCCAAGAUGUUGAAAGGUUACUCAAUACGUUUGGGUCCAUUUCUAAAUGUGACAAAGGGGCUGAAGGAAAGAAUGGCUACACUGUGUAUGCAACAUACAAGGCCCCAGAACAAGCACAACAAGCUGUGCACCAACUAAAUGGUUAUGAAUACGAAGGGUCAAACCUAAAGGUAAGGUAUCAUAAUGGCCCUCGUGGACAACGUCGUUACCGCAACCAAGCUGGAUUUAUGAAUAAUCAACGUGGACCAGGACGAAGUAAACCAGACUUUUUAAUUAGAAUGCUUGUCCCAAGUGAACUAGUCGGUGCCAUUAUUGGAAAAGGAGGCGCUAAAAUUCAAGAGACAUCAAAUUCCACAAGUACCAGAAUUGAUGUCCACCGCAAAGAGAAUCCAGGCUCUGCUGAAAAGGCUGUGACUAUCUUUGGACUCCCAGAAAACUGUGCAAAAGCCAGCUCCAAGAUCCACGAAACCAUGGUCUCAGAGAACCAGACAAACAACAAAGGAGCUGAUGUUCCACUUAAAUUAUUGGUACACAAUGCCCUCGUUGGGAGACUGAUCGGUGUUGGAGGACGCACAUUGAAGAAGAUUAUUGAUGAUACAAAGGCUACCAUCAGGAUCUCCCCAAUCUAUGAAAUGACCUAUAUUAAGCCAGAGAGAACAGUUUUUAUCCGUGGCUCAGAUGAGCAGUGCGAAGCUGCAGUAAAGGAGGUGACCCAGAAGCUGUUUGAGAUCUACCAGAACCAUGUUCAAAAUGUACAGCAGCAGCAGCAACAUAACCUGUUUCCAGGCCUCGAUCACAUGGCACUGUUUUCUGGUAUGGGUAAUAUGCCACAGUACAAUAAUAUGUACAAUGGUGGAUUCAACAUGAAUGAAAUGACCCCUAAUCAAGGUGGGAUUUUACCUGGUCUCUACUACCCACAAGGUGGCCAAAAUAACCAAGCUCAACAACAUGCCCAAGUCAGCUCAAACGAGACUGCCUUCCUCUACAUUCCCAAGGAUUCUGUUGGUGCUCUUAUUGGGGUCAAGGGAAAACAUAUUCAGGAAAUUGCACGCAAGUCCAGUGCUUCAAUCAAGAUUGCUCCAGCUGAUGAUGAUACAAAUACGGAGCGUAAAGUGACUGUUAUUGGUAGUCCAGAGGCCCAAUGGAAGGCACAAUUUUACAUUUAUGAUAAGAUCCGCCGUGAGGGAUUCUUUGGUAGCGACGAAGUUCGUCUAGCAUCUGAGGUUGCCGUGCCUGGACGUUUUGUUGGACAUAUCAUUGGCAAGAAAGGACGCAAUGUUCGUGAACUGCAACGAGUCACAAGUGCGCGUGUUGAAGUUCCAAAGAACGAUGUCAACAAUGGGAGCGGUGAUGCUAACCCAGAUGAAGUGACUGAUGAAAAUGAGAAAGAAGUUUUUGUUCGCAUUUUUGGACACUUCUACUCAGCCCAAGCUGCACAACGUCGUAUCAGAAGGAUGCUACAGGACUUUUAUAUGAAAUCUUCUAACUAUCAGCAGUAUGCAUCCCGUCGAAGCCCAGCAUUGCCAGCACCACCUCAACCAAUUGAAAGUUAACUGAAUGACGAACUUCAAGAGAUACAGAUACGAAGACGAAGAUUAAAAAAAGAAAAAAUAAUAAUUUAAAAAAAAAUAGCAAAAUAUAAAAAAACCAAAAAAAAAGUAAAAUAUAAAAGGAGAACACAUUUGAGUAGUUCUGAGUCUGGACAAGAGACUAACAGAACUGGCGAUUUCUACUGCUUGUUUUUCUAUUGGACACCAAAGGCAUCAAUCCCCUGGAAAUAAACAAGAAAAAAACACCUUUUUUGAAACGUUAUUUUUUAUUUUGUUUUUUACUAUGAAGUACAAGAAAUUGAUUGUGUUCAUUUGUAUAUGAAGCAAGGGCUUUUUUAUAGUCUAAAUUAAAUUGCUUUAUUUUUGAUAUCAAAAAGAGAAAAACUUUGAGAUUUAUUUGAAUCUGAUACAAUUUGGAAUAUGCGAAAUAGAAACCUUUAAAUGAAAUUUAAUAAGAUGCCUAUAAAUCAGGAACAUAAUUGGAAAUUUCUUUAGAUAGAAUUGAGCCAAAUUCAAGAUCAUGGUUUCCAUACAUCUACCUACCUCUUGGAAUUGCCUUUUGAGGGCUGCUUCCUAAAUUCUUCCUGCAAAAGGAUGCAACAGAUGAUGUUCCAUAAGAAUACCUCCAUCUAGUGUGCUUAAAACAAGCAGAUAAAUCUGUAUGUACAGGAAGGUCGGAAAAGUCCAAAUAUUUUUAGCAAGAGUUUUAACAACGAUGACGAGAAUCCUUGCAAAAAACGUUUGUUACUUUUCCUUCCUAAGAGAAACAAAACUAUUGAAUACAAAGCAAAUUUAUUUCGUCCAACAAACAUGCAAAAGAAGGUCUAGUUGGCAGAAAGAAGAUGGUUCCUUGUGGUAAUAAAUGAAAUUCAGGUGUAAUAAUUAUAAUAGUUAUAUUAAUUAAACAAUUGCUGCCUGUUGCUAUGUUGCUAACAAAUAAUGGCCAGUAUUAAAUCACUGUUGAAUUUCAAGAACGUAGUAACCUGUUGAGCUAGUACAUAUAUGGACAUAGAUACAGAUGAUUUCUAAGAAAUAACUCCUUAGGCCAAUCAGCAACAUCAUAAUGUUGUGCUAACCACAUUCCACCAGGUUUCUCAAGGUCUGUCUAUGCUGUGGCUGGAAUGCAAACGGGCUUCAUGAUAGUUAAAAGGGAGAUCUCUUCCUUUAGCUGGGACUGUAAUCAGUCUAUUAGAUUAUUCCUAUAUAUAGGUGGCGAUAACUGUGUUGUAUUUAUCUCUGCAUGUUUCAAAAAUGACAUUUUUUCAUUUCAGAAGAUUCAUCUAUGACCUGUGGCAUAGCAUUGUCUUUGUAAUUAGUCGUCGUUUGAUUACCUUCUGUGUUUUUUUUUAAGUGCAUGUUGGUUUGCACAAAAUGUUAGUUAAUAAUUAAGCGUCAUCAUUCUUUAAUUCUUUUGAAUUUUUUUAAUUAAUAUUCACAAAUUGCAUUACUGUAAUGUUUGUUGCUCAUGUAGGUUUAGGAUUUCGACUGUUUAUCUGUUUGAAUUGGAUGCAUUAAUCUUAGCCAACUGGUACUUGGGGUUUAGAAAAGAAAUUAUAAAUGCUUUUUUCUUUUUCUAUCCUUAAUCUUGGAGAUGCAUGUUAACAUCCUUGUUAACGAAGACCAACCAAAAUAGAUACUAAUUAGGAUCAGUCGUACAGUAAUUAAGGUAUUCAUAAGUUUUUUUCGCAGCGGAGUGCUGGCUCUAGAAACCAUCGUUAAACACAAGGAACCAUCUUCUUAUAAAGAGGAAUUUAAAAUUUCACCAAGUGCUUGAUAAUUAUGUGGUCGUAUCACUUCUCUAGAUUAUUUACCUUAAAGAUCCACUAGAAAGAAGCAAAAAAUGUAGAAUGAAUACUGAUGUUGUAUCAACAAUAGCAGUGAGCUGUUUACUAGCUUUCUUAAUGACAUGUUUGCUGACAUUCAUCGUCAUCACAUUAUUGUUUACCGCCCGUUUGCAGUCUGACAACACCGCAUUUCUUUCAGCGAAAUAAACCAAGUAUUUCUGUGAAAUUGAAAAA